ACAACGAUAUUUUGCAAACACAACAACUCUGUUCAGUUGCCGCGAUUCAAGGGAAAAGAGUGGUGCGUCUGUUGUCGUCUUUUUCAGUUCUUUGAAUUUUUGCAAUAUUAUUUUUGUAAACAAAAUUACAACUACUAUUUCUCAAACGAACCCUUAAUUUCUAAAAUUCUAUUAUGUCGGCCAAACGUAAAGCUGGUGGAAAUGGUAAUGGUCCCACAAAAAGACGUCCCAAGAAGAAGGAAUCUGACUAUGAGGAUGAAGUCAGUGACGAGAGCGCGGACGAGGGCGCACAAUCAACUUCAAAUCAGGUGGAAGUUUUAAUACCAAAUGAUGAUUUGGAUCCACCUUCCAAAUUGCCCGAUGAUUUGCUAACCUCUAUGGAAAAAACACCGGGUAAAAUGGCUAUAGCCGGCAUGGUUACUUGGGAUUUGACGGGCAAACGUGAUCGUAAAAAUGUUGUUAAAGUUCGCCCAAAUCUAUACAAUUUUCAUCGUUUCACAGAUGAGAAGUAUCGUUAUGUGGCCAGUGGAUGUGCUGCCGCUCACACCAUUCUGGUAAAUAUGGAUCGUAAGGCAGUGGCCUUUGGGCGCAAUCCCUCGGGACAAUUGGGUUUGGCCGAUACCAAGUUGUGCGAGAAGCCAACAGUAAUACCAGCACUGGAAAAAUUCAAUAUUGUACAAGCAGCUGUUGGACGUCAUCAUUCACUUUUCCUUACAGAUACCGGCACUGUGUAUGCAUGCGGUGACAACAAGUCCGGCCAAUGUGGCAUAGGAAAUACAACACCGUCGGUGACAAGCCCCACUCUCAUAAAUUAUCGUGGUCCACCCAUUAUUCGUGUUGGUUGUGGUGCUGAGUUCUCCGUCAUCUUGGAUAUAAAGGGCAAUUUACAUACUUUCGGUUUGCCCGAAUACGGUCAAUUGGGUCAUAAUACAGAUGCCAAAUAUUUUGUAAAUGCCAACAAAUUAUCAUUCCAUUUCGAGACGUCACCCAAAAAGAUUGUACUCUACAUUGAGAAGAGUAAAGACGGUCAUGUAACACCGGUGGAUAGUGUACAAAUUGUGGAUUUUGCCUGUGGCAAUAAUCAUACGGUGGCUAUAGAUUCCAAGAAACGUGCCUAUAGUUGGGGUUUUGGUGGUUUCGGUCGUUUAGGUCAUGCCGAGCCUAAAGAUGAAAUGGUACCCCGUCUCAUCAAGUUCUUUGAUAUUGGCGGCCGUGGCGGACGCACUGUCUUCUGUGGCGCUACUUACAGUUUAGUUGUCAAUGAACUUGGUGUACUCUUCCUGUUCGGACAAAAUAAAAAGACUGGUGAAGCCAAUAUGUAUCCCAAGCCGGUACAAGAUUUAUCGGGUUGGAAUAUCACCGAUAUUGGCUGUGGCAACACAUCGAUUAUAAUCUCAGCGGAUGAUACAGUAAUUGCCUGGGGUGCUUCGCCCACCUAUGGUGAACUGGGUUUGGGUGAGUUCCAGAAGUCUUCCACGGUUCCUAAGGAAGUGCCGAAAAUGGAUAGCAUGAAAAUACCUCAAGUAGCUAUGGGUUACUCUCACGCCAUCCUACUGGUCGACACUGACAAUGAAGCCACAGAGGGGAAAUAUGAAAAAUUACCCGAAUAUACUAUUGAUGAUUAGAAGUGAAUGUAGAAACGUUACGUUACAGUACGCUUCGGUACGGUCGGUACAUAAAUGUAGAUUUAGAAAACGAGAAAGAGAGACAACGGUCCACAAUAGUUUUUUUUUUGUUUUAUUGCAACUUUGAAGCAAUCAUUGAAAGUAAAUAAGAACAAAUAACAAUAAUUAUAAAGAAUAACAAACAAUAAACCUCUUUUGUAUUGCAUUUAAAACAAAUGCUUUAAAAUCUUCACUUUACAUGUUAAAUUCUAUUCUCAGAUGUACUUUUAUAAUUUUAAUUUUCAAUUUUUUUGUGUAACGAAUAUUUGUUUAUUGUCCUCCUCUAUGUAAACUUAUUAAAUGAUUCUUUUAAUUUUUGGUAUAUAUACCACCGGGCGUCUCUUAUAUGUCCAUUUUCUCUUAAUUUAUGAAAUUCAAUUAACUUUUGUUUUGCUUUUUUUAACUUAAAUUAUUGUAUUUUUAAGCAUACCAACAAUAUUUUUUAAAUAAAAUGUCCCUCCCCCACUUAUUUUUGUAAGUUAAGUGUCAAAAAUGUCUUAUUUAUUUUUUUUCUCAGUAUUUGUGUUGCAUUGCAACCAAAAAAAACUACAUUUAUUUACAUUGUCAUAUCUUAUUUUUCUAUAUACAUAUUUUUUAUAAAUUGUCCCAUUUUACUCACAACAUCAAAUAUUAAUUAUAAUAAAAGCAAAUAUAUAUAAUAAACUGUUAGUAUUUAACUACAAAAUAAAAACAUAUAA